CGAUCUUGUUAUGGGAUGUUUCAUGUCAAAAUUAAGUGAAAAAGCUGAUUCUAUAAAAUCACAAAAUUCGCAGAAAGAAUUUCGAUUCAUUGGUGAUAGAAGAUUUCAUAAUGUAAAAGAUGCCGUAUAUUCUCUACCAAAUGAUGAAGAAGAAUCAGAUAGAUUACACUUACAACAUUUUUUAUUAAGAUAUAUCUGGCAAAGUAACUUUUCUGCUCCCAUCGAACAUAUUUUAUCUAAAAAAGGAUCUAAAAUUUUAGAUGUUGGAUAUCCAUCGACUAAUGUUGUUGGAUUAGAUAUAUCACCACAUCAACCCACACAAAUAAAACCUAGUAAUUUCAUUUUCGUUAAAGCAAAUGUUCUAGAAGGAUUGCCAUACGAAGAUAACACUUUUGAUUUUGUAUUUCAAAGAUAUUUGAUUUCUGGAUACUCAAAAGAGAAUUGGCCAUAUGUAAUAAAUGAAUUGGUUAGAGUUUUAAAACCGGGUGGAUAUUUAGAGUUAUGUGAAUUUUCUUAUCUGUUUGAUAAUGGACCUGCUCACGAACUUUUAUGGUCUACAGUUGCAAAAGUAUUGGAGGAAAAAGGUGUAGAUUGGGACACAUGUCAAAAGUUAGAAGGAUACGCACAAAAUCAAGGUCAUUUAGAAAAUAUUAACAAAGAAGUGAAACAAUGUUAUCAUGGUUUAAAGGCAAAUGAUAUUCAACUUAGUAAAGUGGCUAUCAGUAACGCGACUUCUGUGUAUGUUUCCCUUAAACCAGUUUUAACGAAAGCAUUAAAUAUUUCUGAUGAUGAAUUUGAUGAGUUAGUUGAAAAAUCAAAAGAAGAGCUAUUUGAGUUUGAUACUUAUUACAAUAUGGUUCGCGUAUAUGCAAGAAAAAUUAAUAAUACUAAUGAAUAA